CGUAUGUAUGUGAAGCCAGGAGCGAAUGACGUGUUCUGCUCCACGCACGCGACUUGUUCCUGUGGCUUCCCGUCUCUCGCAGGCUCGCUGCUGCAAUAAAAAGGCACCCACGCCCCCCCUCUCAUCUCCCCAGAACACAACAAACCGGUCCAUACGAUCGCUCUGAUCUCCAACUGCCUCACCACCCCCUACAUACAUAAGCACUAGUGUUUCACGCUUCUGCUAACUAUACACACUCCACUAUCCACACUUCACACCUCCACACACAAACAAAAUGGCUGAUCACGACCACGAGCACUACCACUACCACCGCGAGCGCACAGAGGUCAAGGAGACCGAAGAUAUCGACGACGACUUUGAGUGCGACGACGAGGGCUGUGUCAGCUACGGCACGGCUCACUCGCACGCCGGGAAACACGCACACCACGCUCACGCGCACCCGCACGGCAAGAAGUCGCCGGGGAUCAUUGCGGGUGUGAAGAGUUUUCUUUUGGGUCCGGCUGCGGACAAGGAUGAAUUUCUGGUUGAAAAGGAGGUCAAAGUCAUUAGGACUCAUACUUAUGAGAAAGACGGACACCACGUUCACGAUAAAGUCGUUGACGGCGGACACCGGAUACACGACAAGGCAGACCGCAUCGAAGACAAUGUGCGAGAGGGCACUAAAAACCUCAAAAACCAGGCCGAGGAUAGCGCGAAAAGAUUGGGCAGCAAGGCGGAGCGUACCGCGAAGGACUUGAAGCGGAAAGCGGAGAACGCAGAGGCUGAAGUUGAGAAGAAGGCUGAAGGCUUCUUGGGAAGCAUCUGGUCCGGCAUCAACAACGCCAUCGGCGGUGGGCAGAGGAAGAUCCACGAAGUCGAAGGCGAGGCAGAACACAAGUACAAAAAGGCAAAGCACGACGCUUCCAAGACGGCCGAUGAGUACAAGGAUAAAGCUGAACGCGUCAAGGGAGACGUGAAGUACCAAGCCGAGAGAAUCAAGGGUCAAGCCAGUGACAAGUACGACGAAGUGGUGGACGCAGCCGAGCGCGCGAAAGCCGACGCAAAGUACCAGGCUGAAAAGGCAAAGGGCCACGUCAAGGAGCAGUACGGGGAUGUAAAGGAUAAGGCUGGCAAGAAGGUCAACCAGGUGAAGGGCAAGGCCGGAGAGGUCAAGGACAAAGCAAAGUCCGAGAUUGCGGAAGCUGCUGACAGGAUUGGUGCCGAGUACGCCAAGGCCAACAGGGAGGCUGCGAAGAAGUACCAGGAUGCGCGAAAGGGUGUCGCGGAGGGUGUCAACAAAGUCCAGGAGACCGCUGACCAAGCGGCCAAGCGCGCCAAGGCCGCUGUUGACGAAACAGGCCGCCGCGUCAAGGACCAUGCGGACAGGGCCGCUGGCGCUGUUGGCAAAGCGAAAGAGAAUGUUAAGCAACGUGUUGAAGAUGCCGCCGACUACGUACAGGAAGAGAUCGACGAGACCACCGGUGCCAUCAAACGCAAAGCCCACAACGUCAAGCAAGGGGUGAAAGACACCGCCCACAACGCCAAGCAAGGCGUGAAGGACACAGCCCACAAUGUCAAGCAGGGCGUUAAGCACGCCGCCGAUGAUGUCCGCGAUUCCGUCCACCACGGCAUUGACAACGUCAAGACAGGUGCCGGCUCCAUCUUCCACAGGGUCGAGCAGGCCGCCGAGUGCCUUGGUUGCGUCGGUCCCAGGACGCAAGGAUACCACCAGAAGGGUCACCACCUUCACGCACAACCUUGGGGUGGCCACGACCUUGUCAGUCCCUACAACGCCAACCCUGUACCUGUUACUGCGUUCUACACUGCGCUCAGCACACUUUGGUUCUUGUGGCUUGCUAGACGCGUGUGGCGCGCUCGCAACUAUUCCAAAAUCUACCUCGGUGACGGAACCUAUGAGCUCGCCCAUGAAGCAAUGCGCGACGUCGUCGUCUCCGAAACCACCAUCACACCCACCCGCGCCGAAAAGACCACCGCCACGAUGCACGUUGAGGACGACCGCAAGGUCCCGAAGAUCAAGCAGCUUCUCCGCGCCACCGAGGCUCGCCGCGCGUUCACGAAUGUUGUCCCGCUGUACUUGAUCCUCCUCGCCGCUUUGGAAUUGGAGGGCGCGUACAGGCCGUUGCUGCAUUUGCUGAGCGUGCUGUUGUUGGCUGGGAACAUUGCACACACUGAGUACGGCAUUUUCAGCCCCAAAGGCCGCGGACCAGGCCGCGCUAUCGGCUCAGCCCUCACCACGGGCGUCCUUCUCUUCGGAGCCAUCAACGCCAUCUACCUCGCUGUCAGCUGCCAGGGAUGCCCUGUUGCGUGAAGAGAGCUCUCAGUGUGGAAACUGAUUUCGCAUGUCGUUUUUGUGUUUGUACAUAACUGCAGAUUCGGGGAGGGGCAUUUGGCGGGCUGCAGCGUGGAUGAAGCGGAGGAUUUGACAUGGGCACCGGGUGGGGCUUCGCACGCAGCACGCGCGAUUUAUGAUGAGGAUCGGUGGGGAAGUUGGCGCCUACUUAUGCACGGCCUUUGCGUCGUGAUCUUAGUAUCCCCUAGCUUUUUUCUCUUAAUAAGAUGCCUGAUUUCACGAUGUCUGAUGUGUGUUUCGCGGAGAGAAGGGCUCGGCUCAUAUGGAGCCGCAUGAGGAGAGGCUGAGAGCGGGUGCGGCGAGCAAGAGUGCCGAAAAGGCUCUGACCCACA